AUGGAGGAUCUGGAUAUGGGGGCGGAUCUGGUUAUGGUGGAGGAUCUGUAUAUGGUGGAGGAUCUGUUUAUGGAGGAGGAUCUGGAUAUGGGGGAGGAUCUGUUUAUGGAGGAGGAUCUGGAUAAGGGGGAGGAUCUGUUUAUGGAGGAGGAUCUGGAUAUUGGUGGAGGAUCUGGAUAUUGGGGCGGAUCUGGUUAUGGGGUAGAAUCUGGGUAUGGAGGUGGAUCUGGAUACGGUGGUCCCAGUGGUGGAUACGGCGAUGGCCCUGCAUAUAUAGUCUUGUCAGGUGGAGGUGCCGGGGGAGGUUCCGGAGGAGGUUCCGGUGGAGGUUCCGGUGGAGGUUCUGGGUCACGCGGAAAAGGAAAAUCAUACUAUCUUUAG